AUGGUUAAGUUUGGGAAUAUUUUUGUGAAUAUAAUUAUCAUUGAAGCAGAGCUCAAGGAUAUGGAGUCAACUAUUAUGGACCAAGGAAUGACAUUGGAAGCCUUCAACAAGGAAAAGGCUCUCAAAUCUAGGCUUAAUGAAAUCUUGGCUAGGGAAGAGGUAUAUUGGAAGCAAAAGUCUAGAGAAGGCUGGAUAAAGGAAGGUGACAGGAACACAAAGUUUUUUCAUAACUCUGUUAAGGUCAGGAGAUCUUGGAAUAAGGUGACUGCUAUCAAGAAUAGGGCUAACAUUAUUUUGGAUAAAUUGGAGGACAUUAACAAGGAAGCAAUGGAUUUUUUCUCAGAGCUUCUUUCAAAGAGACAGAUUUUAGACUCUCAGCAUCAAGAUACUCUCUUGAAUAAUAUUCCUAAGGUUAUUUUAGAUAAUCAUAGUCAAGUCCUCUGCAAACUCAUUUUGAUUGAUGAGGUGAAGCAGGCUAUUUUUUCGAUGGUGGGUGACAAGGCUCCUAGAACGGGUCAAUUUCCCAUUUUUUUCUACCAACAAUUUUGGGAUGUGGUUGGUCAUGAGGUCUGGCAUGUGGUGGAAGAGGCGAGAAUUAAUCUCAAUGUUGAAAAAGAGCUAAAUUGUACAUUUCUUUCCUUAAUCCCCAAAGUUGAGAAACCAACAUCUUUUGGGGAUUUUAGACCCAUUUCUCUGUACAACGUGUUAUAA